GAAAUGAGACGAUUAAGUUACAGUAGUAGGGUUGGUACAUUAAACUCUGUGCCACAUUAAUCUCUCCCUCGGCCAUUACGACAGUGAUUCUGAGAGAACAAGAGUUACAAAUUUUGUUGCUUCACUGCUUCUUCUCCGUUUCGCUUUUCUCUCAGAAUACGCGAGUGUUCCUUUUUUAAAGGAUGACAUUGUUUUUAUAAAAGGAAAAUGGGGCGUGCUUCAAUAGAGACCGACCCGGUUGAUUCUCUUAUGAUUGAGGAUUGGAGGGGUCCUUAUACUGCGGAUAAAAGAUCAAGGGCAGAAAGGCGUUGGAAGAGAAGGGAGGUCAGGGAGGUCGUGGGCUUGCAAAACUGUUCUGCAUCUGCCAGUAAAACUGUGAAGAGUCAUGGAAAUAUGGCUGUUUCAACAGAGCAAAAUGUUCAUAUUGUAGAGGAUGAAACUGAUGAAGAUUACAAAGUAUAUUUGGAUGCCUGUGUUUCUGAUAUUGAUUGUGCCAGUAAUAUUAAUGUUGGUUCUGAUAUUAACAUCAACACUGGCUACAACAGUGACAAUGAUGAUGAUGGUGAAGAUCCUGAUUAUAAGAUGUUCUUGGAGAAUAUGAGGGAAGAAAGUGAUUCCUACGUUUACUCUUCGCAUAAUGGGCUCAAGUUAUUCUCUAAGUUGUCUAACGAUUUGACUCACAAUAGAGCUGGAAAUGUCGGAAAUGCAAGUAGUGAUUCAAUGAGAAAACAGACAGGUCGCCCCAUGGAAUCUCAGAAAAGUAUCGACCCUAAAAGCAGACCUUGUAAUAAAAUGCCUUCUAGUGUUCCCCAGAAUAUUAGCCACAAUGAUGUGGAGUUUGAUGAUGCUGAUGAAGAUUACCAGAUAUUUCUGAAUUCAUGUAGGAUUGAUGGUGACAAUUUGGUCUAUAUAAAUGAUGAUUUGAUACGAAAAAGAUCAAGUGCUAGGCAAAAUUCCCAAGUUUCAAAUCUUGCAUUUUAUACUCCUGAAGAGCAUUCCGAAGCUGAUGAAGAUUACCAACUAUAUCUUAAUUCUGGUGGGAUUCUUGAUGGCGAUAUGGUGUAUAUGCCUGACAAGAAUACAACAAUGGCAUCUGAAGUGGAGGGUGGCAGUAAUUCCUCGGAUUCAGAUCUAAUUAUUAUAGAACCUGAUCUAUUUUGUGAAGACACACCAUUUGUAUCUUCGAAAGUAUAUGAUUCAUCUUGGUUUGAGAACAAAAUGAACCCCGGAGACAGCAAGCAAUUCUCUGCUGAUCAUUCUCAGUUUAGGAGAAGACUUAUGGAAUGUCUUCAAAAGCCUUUUGACCAGCAAGAGUGUGAUGGAUUUCUGGAUUCAGUACGUAAACAGACACAAAUGGAACGUCAUAUAGAAUUACGAGGGGGGGUGAAUAAACCAUAUCAUGUUAGCGGUACUGUUAACAAAUCAUAUCUUGAGUUGAACCCUGAUUUAGGCGAUGUCAUUGCUGCAAUCAAGGAACCUCAUAGGGUUUUGUUUCUCUUGCGUGGAUUCUUUUUCUGGUUGAGGAAUUUGAGCCACCCUGGAGUAUUUAAGCCCUGGCUUGAUAAAACAUGUCUGGAGUAUUUACAAACAAUGUGAAAAUGAAGUUUGGAAGCAGUGAUUUAAGCUGGCAUAGGCAAUGAAGUUUAUGUACAGUUAAAUUUAGCCCUUGAGCUAUGACCUGGUUGGUGACAUAAGGAUUGAGAUUUUCCUCAUUUGUAGCUCUUUUUGUAUGGAAACUACCUCUCGUUCCUGUUAUCUCUUUUUGGUCCCCUCUUUUGCUGCACUUCAUUACUGAGAAUAUGGGGCAGAUGAUAAUUGGGGGGCUUGGGUGGAUAAAAAAUAUCUUGUUCAUGUGUUUGUUGAGUUGAAAAGAAAGGUCUCAUGUUUCACUA